CACGUCGGCUCGAGCUUGAGGCCUCUGCGGCAAGUUAUCGAGAAGCCCUUGCAGCAAUGCCGCACCCCGGUGUAUCGGCACCGGCGCGGGACGGCGUACUUGCGGCCCGCCUGCAAGACAUUGAGGCCCGUGUGCAGGAUGUCGCCGACCUCGUGCGCGGCGUGGAGGCACGGGUGCGGGCAGAGCUGAGCGAGGACUUCGGUGCCCGCAUGGACCUAAUGGCCAGCCGCGUGGAGGCGCUGGAGAACGAGCUCGGUAGGGUGGACAUCACCAGCCCUCUGCAGGCUCUGGAAGACAGGUCUGGCAAGUCGGAGAGGCUGCUUGCAUAUCCUGUCGCAUCGGCACCGUGCGGCAACCAUCCCGACCCAACGUCGAGCACCCCGACCUGCUAUAACGGCACGCCGGCACCAGUGCAUUCGGGUGGGAUGGCUCCAGGUGAGUCCCAGGUGUUAUUCACCGUCCCGCCGGAAUACGUCCUCGCCGAGUCUAUAUGGGACGCGUCUAUCUUCAUUGGCCUCGAUGGUUUCCAUCGAAUUUCUGAUUCGUUGACCCUCGUGUGCCUCCUGAUGAAAAACAUGAUCAUUCAGCUGGUGCUUACAUCGGUUGUCUGGGAGUUCAUGUGCAAGGACCCUGUGGAACCUGAGCGACUUCAGGAUCUGUUGCAGUUCCGUUUGACUUCUGGACACCAUGUGUCCUCGGUUGUCGGCGAUCGUAGGACGUCCAUGAUCGCCGAGGUCUGUCGCGAGGCCAAGAACGACGCUCUGCAUAUAGCCACUCAUCAGAUUGACUUCUGGACAAAUUUUAGCACCUAUCUGAGGGUCUGGGAACCCUUCGGCCUCAAAGGCGGACAGCUGCUCUGCUCUCUUGUUAUUCAAUCGCUUCGCCCACUCCGUGGGCCCAUAUUGCAUUCUUUCUCUGUUGGCGGACGCGUAGCGAGCGGGAUGGAGAAGGAGGGAUGGCUGGGCUGCGCCCAGGGUGCUUUUCGCCCUGGCACCCCAGGAGCCGCCCCUCGCGCGCGAAGUAGAACAACUGUUCACCAGUUGCCGGAGAUCUUAGCACGCCUCUGGCCCGUUGGGUGGGCGUUUCUUUUUGUGGGUUUGCUUGAUCCUGACGGAGGUGGACAGCAUUUACAGGUUUGUACAUGCGCUUCGCUCUGUACCUCGUAGUGGCUCGACUCAGCUUGUCGCGGAGAGUGAAGACACAUUUGCGUUUCGAUCCAUAUCAUCAGUUCGAUUGUAUGCCAUGUGCCUCUUCGUUGUAGUUCCACGUUCUGGGGUCACUUUCUUUCUGCUGAUGACGGGCAUGUCGUUCUUGACCUCUACAGUAAGUCUGGAGCAGAUCCUCAUCGACAGUCUGGCACUUGGCUUCAUUCUGAAUAUCGACGAGAUGAUCUACCCGAUAUUUGUUCCUGGUCGGGUGCAGCGGGUACAGAGCAAAAUGAAGCCGUUCGAGCUGAAAGAAUUCACAAGCAACGCCCCCGGUUCGGGCAUUACCACGCGAGCGUUGGACGUUAUGCAUCGGCUACCUCUUCGUCUUUUCUGGAUUGCGCUUGCAUUCCUAUGUACAGGUAUGAUGGUUGCGAACAGCCUUCAUCCCAUGGUCCAGAGAAUGGAGUUGGCGGUGAACAUUUUGUGCGAAGGUAACACAGAUUUCGUCUACGCUGUUACCCCCGACACUGGUGUCGUGUAUGCCGCAAAGACUCACUCCACUUCUGAGACACGGGAGGGGCAACACAUAGUUCAGAAUACAAUCCUGCAGUUCACAGGGCUCCACGACUUCUUGGAAGACAGUCAUGCUGGGAACCGCUUGCUUGCAGAGUUCUGGCCACAACACACGCCCGCGGGUAUUAUAUACAACAGCGAUCGCACCGUUGCCUACACUAUGGACGAGGCCGAGACCUCUUCGACUGGUUUCGAGUUCGUCAAGGCGCUUUCAAUAUCGAGCAUCCAAGAUGUUUCAUUUUUGGGCCGUUGCGAGGAUUACAACUCUGAGGAAUCACACCAAGCCCCUCAUGUGAUCCAGGCUUUAGUGAGGUAUGCGACCGAUGCGAUUGUGGAUAGCUGCAGCGGAGGAGAACUGGCAGGCAUCUCGCAAUGGUACAACAUGAGCCACUACAGGGCACUCUGCCCAGUGACUUCUGGUUGUUCCAAAGUGUGGCUAUUCUUCUCUCAUCCGCAUUGGGGCUGUCCUGCGGACUGCACGUCCGAUAAUAGAAUAGACCAAACGUUCAGGGAUAGUUUGCGCACUGCUAGUUGUACCGACGACGGCAAUGAGCCGUGGAGGCGUGCAGCUAUGAUGGAGUACGUCUCUGGUUUGUCUGACUAUGUGACGCAGCGCCCAGGGUUCCAUGAAAGGCUCACCAGUGCAAGCACGAGCAAUCUGAUAUCCGCUGUGAUCUCAGCCUACGAAAACGCAACAGGCAAGGCAUACCCUGGAACCGUAGCGUAUGUGCAAGAUGUCGUGUCCUCGGGUCUCACACUUCAGAGGCUGGGUCGCGGGAUUUUCGAGCUUGCCCCAGGAUUGGCGAUGUUCACGAGAGACGGCGUAGAGCUCGUCGGUUGUGCUUUUUGGACCGAUGCGGUUUUCCUGGACAUCCUGUCUGUGAAUUUGUGCAGCACUCUGUACCACCAGUCCAUUGCUUUUAUGUGCCCUGAGCGAUGCCUAUGUCAAGUGAACUGGCAGCAGUCGUGCCCUCUGCGAUGCUCCACCGAAACACUUGGCUAGUUGGCGCGAGCGCCACUUAAGCGGCCACCGCCCAGUGCCUAGUCUUCAAGGCGUCCCAAGGCUCCACGACCGCCCCGAGAGACCACAAACGGCCUCACGAUAUGAUCAAGGAUCAAAGCAGGCAUCCGAGAGGACACCGAGAUUCGGCUAGCCACCCCACUAUUUCGAUAGGGUCCACACCCGCCCAGAUGGGGUUGUAGUUGUGUUUUUCUGCUGCGCGCCAGCUCAGAGAAGCUUGCUUUUCACUCCCGCAGCAACGUAAAUUGUUGGAGCAUCCUGCUCAGGGUCUGCAUCACAAUGGAAGGGUGGGUGGGUUGGCGAUUGGAAUAGGUUGCAGGUCCCUGUCAGCCUCCAGUGCACAUACCCAGGAGCUCGAGAUUCGGCAAGCUGUCCCAGUAUUGCGGUAAGCUACACGCCCGGCCACUUGGGAUGGUGGUUUUGUGCAUGUGCGCCAGGCCAUAACCCGCGCCCGCAGCCAAAUCGUCAGAGCGCUCUCUUGGAGCACCCUGCGGCUUGGGACCUUGAUCGCGGGGGCCGUUGCAGCCAGGCACCCGACAGAAAGCGAGUGCGGAGUGGUGGUGGGGGUACACAGCGCGCCACCGGCCGCGGUGAUGUCCGGCCCAGCAGCGUAGGCAAAACCGAGUCUGUUCAGGGAGUUUGCAGCAGCAAGCGGCAAUUCGAAUUGUGGCGCGCUCUGGCGGAUUAUAUGUGUAUCUGUUUUUUUUUUCCGCGAGAUGGGGAGUGCAAGCAAAAUCUUCGAUGCGUAACGCUUCCGCCAGCCAGCGCCGCAUGCUGGUGGCAACGGUAAUUCUGACGUGGAUGGAGUCUGCGAAGCAGCCUCACUGCAGGCAGGGCCAUCUAGGUUAUUUCUGCAAUUUUCGCGUGUCCUCAUCUUGUAUCGUGUGAGCACUCGAGUUCAUAAUAGUGUGCGUAGUUUUUCCGUCUCUGCACCCUUGCAGAUGUGCAGGUGCGGCGUGCCGUCUGCAAUGAUGGGGGACAGCUCGUCAGCGUCGCUGUCUCCACGGCCGUCGCGCCACCCUCUUUGUUUCUGUCCCUCGAGGACGACGUCGUUCUCGUCGUCGUCGUCGUCGUCGCCCUCGUUACCUCUGAGACGUCGUCGUCCUCGUCGUCGUCGUCGUCUUUCGUCUCCACGGCCGUCGCGCUACCCUCCAGGGUUGAGAACACAUGCAGCUGGCGGAGAGGAUGUGGGGCCCAGUUCGGGCCAGGUGGUGCCCAGCAGUGCCGAACACAAGGCGUCCAGCCGCACGAGGAGCCUUCGCAUUGUUCUGGCCCGAUCGUUGGGUGACUCUGAUCCAGUCGUGCCGAUCCUCGCCACGCAAAUCCGUCAAUCCUAGGCCCAAGACAAAUGGACGUGCCUGCUUGGCU